GGCAGGAAGAGAAGUCAGCUGUCGGAGGGUGGAGGCUCGCAAAACACGAGCAGUGGUCGCACUCCUGAAGGAAACACAAGCUGCGAGGAAAAGACAAGGCUCCUCUUCAUCUACAAUGCAGCUUUACGGAGCUCUGAUCCUGUUUGCGACCGUGUCCACAGUGUAUGGAUUACAAUGCUACAGUUGUGAAAGAGCCAAGCCUCAAAGCUGCAAAGAAAAGACCGUAACCUGCGAUUCUACCCAUGACCAGUGUUUCACAACUGAAAAGGAGGGUUUAAUGACCAAGGGGUGUGGAAAUGAGCCUGAAUGUGGUAAACCCACGAAAUGCUGCAAGGGAGACCUGUGCAACAAUGCUGUACCUGCUGUUCCCAGCAUCCUCCUGCUGCUCCUGUCCUCUGCACUUAUCAAACUUUUCAUCUGAGGCUUUGCCACAGCAGCCGUUUGUUGUUUAUGCAAGUUGUUCAGCUCAGCGACAAUGAUGCAUCAAAUACACAAAAACUCUCAAUAAAUACGAUCUUGAUGUCGUUUUAAUAAAACCACAAUAAUAAAUCAUUCAUUUGGACCGCAUUCCUUACAUUGAGUAUUUCAUAUCACUAAAUGCUUCCAUGACACUUUAAUAGAAAUAUUAAAGGGUUACGUAACAGGAUAUAAAAACCUUUUUUCCCCGGCUAUUUUAUGAAGCAAUAUCACCUCUGACUACAUGCAGACAUAAAGAUCAGAGCUACUGACUACUGACUACUGAAUGUGAUAAUAAAGGUCUUGUGCUCUAACAGGAUCAACUAGACAGUAGCUAUUUGUGCGCUCCGAUCCGUCAAACUAUUUAUUUUCCAAAUUAAUUAUUGCACACUGAAAACCGCUUCUUUUGUUUCCUAUUAAAUGGAAAUAUGUAUUAAUUUGUUUCCUAUGUUAUUAAUCAAAUAUUCAAUUUUUUCAAAUAUUUUUUAAUGAAAUGUCUGUAAGGAAUACUCGGCUGUCUGUUGCGUAGGCUUAUUAAAAAGAAAAGAAUUGCAUUCUUUGUACAGCAGUUAAAAUGUUUGUGUAAGAAAAUACCUGCCCCUUCGGCAUUUCUAAACGGAUCAUACAUGAAAUACUCUGGAGGUUUCACCAUGAAUCCUCAGUGUUGGCCAAUUCUUUACGGAGCAUACUGUCAGAGUUCCCUUUACAAACUUCUCUAAAAUGUGUUAAUGUGUGCAUCACUAGCAUUUUACAUCGUCCAAAGUCUUGAGAAGAUCCUGUAAAAUAUCAUUAAAAGUUGUUUUUGCCAUAAAAGUGAGGAAUGUUAUUCCAAAUAAAAAUAUAUUUAUACCAUU